AUGACCAUGUUCGGAAUUAUUCGAUCUAUUCCAGAUUUUUUGGUAGCUUCAGCAGCAGAUGAGCAUCUUUCACGAGUGAAGAGAGACAUAACAUCAGAAUUGAGAUUGGUCAUUAGAACUAUAAAUUAUAAUAUGCAGAAGGUAAGAAUUAUUUACCAGAAAAUAUUGAGUCCAGUAAAGCGACUUCUUCUUCAAAAGAGCAGUGAGGCGAGAUUUGCAACUCCGGUUGUUUGUAGUUUUUUCGAGAGUAACAUAAAUCCUGAAAAUAUCACGAAAAAAUAUUCAAUAAUAAUGAUUGUUUAUCAGCAGAAAAUUUUUACCUCUACUUCGUCAAAUCCAGUAUAUUCUUCAACCAGAUCAAGUAGUGCUUCCAUACACUGCAACGGAAAGCUUUUUUUGGGUAUAAAAAAAAAUUUUCUCGUUAGAAAAAAAUUUCUGAAGAAUCCCUGUAGCCUGGCUAGUCAAGACUUUUCACCGCAGCCGCAGAUCCAAAAACAAUUAUCAGAUACACAUUUGUCUCAACUCUCAAAUUCUAUAAACUCAUAUGAUGCAUUAAGUCGAUCAUAG